ACAACAAUGGCGGCGCCCAUGUGAAAAUUCCGGCCGGUGUAGGUAUUUUUCUGGUUAGAAACCUACACAACUCCAAACCAUGUUACAAACAAGAUGUGUGAGGUUUGUGAGAGCUGUUUCAAGGCAUCCCCCAUCUACAACUACCCGGGUCCUGUCUCAUCAUCAUUGCAAUAGAGACAACAGGAGAAACUGUCACAGUGGUAGAAGGUAUGAUGUCAUCGUUGUUGGAGGAGGGCAUGCUGGGACAGAAGCGGCAGCAGCGGCUGCCAGGAUGGGAGCCAACACUCUCCUGGUCACUCACAAACUGGACACUAUAGGUGAGAUGUCAUGUAACCCAUCAUUUGGAGGAGUUGGGAAGGGUCACCUAAUGAAGGAGAUAGAUGCACUGGAUGGAGUCUGUGCCAGGAUUUGUGACAAGUCAGGGAUUCAGUACAAAGUUCUGAACACGAGAAAAGGCCCUGCAGUAUGGGGUCCUAGAGCACAGAUUGACCGUUCUCUGUAUAAGGCACACCUGCAGGAGGAGCUGUUUAACAACACUCCUAACCUCACCUUCCUGGCCAGACCUGUGGAAGACUUGAUCCUGACAAACAACAGUCAGUCUGACUCUGAUGUCUGCAAACAAGUGGUGCAGGGGGUCAAGCUGGAUGAUGGACAGUGUAUCCAUGGCAACACUGUUGUCCUGACAACAGGCACGUUCCUGAGGGGUCAGAUCAACAUCGGUCUGGAGACCAGGCCGGCGGGCAGGGUGGGGGACGCUCCGGCCAUCGGACUGGCCAGGUCACUGGAGGAUGCUGGGUUCACUGUGGGCAGGCUCAAGACAGGUACACCACCCAGGAUCGAUGGACGUACCAUAGACUACACAGACCUGUCCCCACAGCCUGGGGAUGAUCCUCCACAGCCAUUCUCAUUCCUCAAUGAUGCUGUCUGGAUCAAGCCAGAAGAUCAGGUAAUGUGCCAUCUAACACAUACCAACUCUACUGUGGACAAGAUAAUCCUGGAUAAUCUUCACCUGGAUAGACAUGUACAGGAGGAGACUACUGGACCAAGAUAUUGUCCCUCCAUAGAAUCCAAGGUGUUGAGAUUCCCCAAAAGGCCCCACCAAGUAUGGCUGGAACCUGAAGGCUUGGACACCCCUGUGGUUUAUCCCAAUGGUAUCUCCUGCACCCUGCCAGAGGAGGUCCAGGUGGACAUGGUCAGACAGAUCAAAGGGUUGGAGAGGGCAGAGGUCAUCAGGCCAGGUUAUGGAGUAGAGUAUGAUUACAUGGACCCCCGACAGCUGAAGGCAUCGUUAGAGACCCACAGGAUACAGAACCUGUUCUUUGCUGGGCAGAUUAACGGCACCACGGGGUACGAAGAAGCAGCAGCACAGGGUCUGAUAGCAGGUAUCAAUGCAGUGUUGAAGGUACAGAACAGACCAGCCUUCACUGUCAGCCGUACAGAAGGGUACAUAGGAGUUCUCAUAGACGACCUCACCACACAGGGUACCAACGAGCCCUACCGCAUGUUCACCAGUAGAGCUGAGUUCAGACUGUCCCUGAGACCAGACAACGCUGACGAGAGACUGACAGAGAGAGGACACCAGGCAGGAUGUGUCAGUCACUACAGAUAUCACAGAUUCAUCCACAUCAAGCAAUCACUAGACAACAGCUUGCAACUCUUAAAAUCCUUCAGUCUAUCACCAGCCAAGUGGAAGAGACAACUGAAGUAUGACCUAAUGAGUGAAGCAAAAUCAGGGACUCAAAGUGCCUUUGAUCUGCUGAAGUAUCCAGAUAUAACAAUAUCCAGACUGGGAGAUGUUGUUCCAGAGUUGAGACACCUUGUACCAGACAAACAACUGUGCAAUAGACUCAAGAUAGAAGCGACGUACUCAGUGAUGCUGAAGAAACAGUUUGAGGAGAUACUGGAGGUGAGGAGGGACGAGGCCAUGGCCCUGCCUGACAACCUGGACUACACCCGGUUACGGGUGUCAACUGAGGUCCUGGAGAAACUGGCCCUGACAAGACCACAGACAAUUGGAGCUGCUAGCAGAAUACCUGGUAUCACACCGGCUGCCAUGGUUCAACUACUUAGAUAUGUUAAGCAUUUCAACAGACAGAAACACGGGUUGGAGACCCAAGAACUCAGUACAGCUUGACAUACAGAAUAAUGACGAGGACUUGUGCAAUACAUGAAGAUGUGGUGGUUGAUAGUUGAAUAUACCUUUUAUUAGCACUGUCACAGUGGUUAUAUCGGUAAAUAAUUUCAUCAGGUUGGUAAACGAAUGAAUAGCAAGGUUCUUUGAUCACACACACCCUUUUUUUAUGAGCCAACGUUUCCAUCUUCAACCGUCCGUCAUCAUCAUCAGGGCAAUUCUGACUGGUUUGACGAGCUAAAGUGCACUGUGAACCAAGUAACACCUUUAGUGCACUAUGCACCAAGUAACAUCUAGUGUCAGUGCACAGUAAACCAGUCAGAAUUGCCCUGAUGAAGAUGACAGACGGUCAUUGAAACGUCUGGCUCAUAAAAAUAAAUGGUUGUGAGCUAAGAACCUUCCUAUUCACUGUUGUUAAACAUGUAGCUUUUUGUGACAUGCUGAUUUUAUAUUUAUUUGUUGACGGCUAUCCGUUGGCCUUUUACUUUAAUUUUCGUUAAAUCCUAUGGGGUUGAAAUUAAAAGUAUAUUGAGUAUGAUAUCUUCCUCCUGAUACGUAGAUUUAGAUAUUUUUGUACAGUGCCACAUGUACAGUAUCAUAUUCUGGUAAAUAGAUUUCUCCAUCAUGUAUAGUAUUUUGUCACAUUUAUAUACAUAGCUACUUCUCCAUCUUAAAAGGAUAGGCCUACCAGAUUUACUUAAAGAAAAUGAACAUGUGUAAAAUAAUGUUUCAGAGCAUAAAUAUAAGAAGAAACUGGAUACAUAGAAGAUUUCCAUGGAUCUUUUAAUCACAAGUACUAAAACGAUUGUCCACCAUCAUAAGAAUAAACAAAACUUACUUUUACACACCAUACUGGUAGUUAUCUGCCAUUAAAUAUUCUGAUUGGUCCAACAAGUGGGCGAUAUCUUAAAUAAUACCCAGUAAGGUUAUCAUCAGCUCGCACUUAUUCAACAAUACCAUUGCAUACAAGAAAACCUGAUUGUAUGUGAUUUCAAUUUUCAUCUUGUCAACGAUCAUGUACAUAAUUUGUUUACAAACACAGGGUCACAAGGAUUCAGCACACACGUACAUGUACACAGUCACAUAUAUAUCACUGCAUAUACUUAAUGGGUGGACUUUUUAAAUAUCUUCCCACUUAAAAUCUCAUUUUGCAACUGCUCCUCCACAAGUAUCACCUUGAAAUAAAUGCACAGGCAAAAGUACACAUACCAUACAAUAACCCACUUCCUAAUUGUUUUAUACACCUAAUACAGCUUUUAUGACAGAACUGCACCCAAAAGUUAUUAGACUAGAUGUAUAGGCAUUCAGAGUCUGGAAAAUACAUUUUCUUAAUAGCCUCUUUCCUCUAGAAUAACAGUUACUAUAUAUUUAUUUUAACAUUUUACAAGAGAUAUGUACGUUCUUAAUACAUUGUAUGCUACAUCACUGAUACACAAUGAUUACACAAUGAUUGUUAUAAUUUAGGCCUUUCAUUCUAUUUAGAAACCAGUCCUGGCCUGAAGUUAUCAUAAAUUUUUCAAAAGUCUCUUUUGGAGUUUUUAAGUGUAAGGCCAUACUG